AUGUCUAAAGGCCCAUUUUCAGCCAACACCAAGACCAACCCCAAGGAGUAUUGCCAAGCCAUAACAACAAGAAGUGGAAAGGUGGUAGGUAGUGAUGUUGGGGUAAGUGAGAAAAAUGAAAAGAAAGAAAAUGUUGAAUUGAGGGGGGUUGAGGAAGAGAUUGAGAAGAAUGAGGAAGGAAGCAAUAAAAAUGAGGGUGUAGAUAACUUACCUUACCCUCAUGCCCCAUCUAAGAAAGAGAAGGAAAGACAAUUUGCAAGGUUUCUGGACAUCAUCAAGAAGCUCCAGAUAAAUAUUUCCUUCACUGAAGCCAUGGAACAAAUGCCUACUUAUGCUCGGUUCAUGAAGGAUCUCUUGACUAAGAAGAGAAGAAUACUUGAAGAAGAAACUGUGGAGCUUGAGGCUGGGUGUAGUGCCAUCAUACAAAAAUCUUUGCCUCAAAAAUCCAGAGAUCCGGGUAGUUUUACUCUCCCCGUGUCUAUUGGAAAUCUUUCAGUAGGUAAGGCACUAUUAGAUCUUUGA